AUGGAGGUGCCAGCGCUCUGCACUCUGUUUUUCUCCCGGGACCUGAGCAGGAUGGCCGAGAGCUCGAAACUCCAGCUGUUUGUCAAGGCGAGUGAGGAUGGGGAGACUAUCGGUCAUUGCCCGUUCUGCCAGCGCCUCUUCAUGAUUCUGCUCCUCAAGGGGGUCCCCUUCACUCUGACCACCGUGGAUACCAAGAGGUCUCUGGACGUCUUGAAGGACUUCGCCCCGGGAGCUCAGCUCCCUGUGUUGCUGUACGACGGAGAACCGAAAACUGACACGCUGAAGAUCGAGGAGUUUCUGGAGGAGACCCUAGGACCCCCGAAUUUCCCAAGCCUGAUGCCCAGGUAUAAAGAGUCGAGCAUCGCAGGAAACGACGUGUUCCACCGGUUCUCCGCCUACAUCAAGAAUCCGGUACCUGCCCAGGAUGAAGCUUUACAAAAGAAUCUCCUCAAGGCCCUCCUAAAGCUGGACAGUUACUUGACGACCCCACUGGACUACGAGCUGGUCCGGGACCCCCGACUUACAGUCUCCCAGCGACGGUUCCUGGACGGAGACCAGAUGACCCUUGCGGACUGCGGCCUCCUGCCCAAACUCAACAUUGUGAAUGUCGUCCUGCAGCACUAUAGGCAAUCGGGCAUCCCUCAAGAGUUUCGGGGCGUCUGGCGUUACCUAGACAGCGCUGCGGAGGUGAAGGAAUUCAAGUACACGUGUCCCAACAAGGAGGAGAUCCUCCAAGCCUACCGGAGCGUGGUCCGGCCACUCAAAUAGACCACGCGGCUGGGCCUCAAGGAUGGGGCCAGGGUACCCCUCACCCCAAGCCCUGCCCUAUGGAUUCUUCCUGCCUUCCUUCCGUGCAACCAAACAGAGGAAAGAGGCCGAAAUGGAAAGGGACUCCGAUUUAUGUGCGGCACAUCGGCCUCUCCAAAACCCAGACAACACCCAGGCCCGUUUCCCUGUUUUGUCCCUCGUCCAGCUGCUAGCCGCCCCACAGCCAUCUGUGGCUCAUUUGUGGCUGACGGUGUGAGGGUCUCCUUGGCACAUGAAUGCUGAGAUGCCCCCCCCAAGUCCUGCUAAGGAAGGGCCCGGUUCCCUCCCCCAGGAUGGAGCGAAACUUCAGUGGUCGUAAGGGGACCAUUUCUCCCGUUCCUGGAAGCGAAAAGGUUCAAACUGAAGUCGUCCUAUAUAUGAAGUUUGCACAGCGAUCUGGGGGAGGGCCUGGGGGUGGGGUGGAGGUUUCUGGACUACAGUUCCCCAAAUCCCCACGCCAGAAGAGGCCUGGGUUGCAGAAUCUGGUAAACCACUUUUUCUGUGCUUUGGCAAGCGUACUCGAGACACGCCGUGGCGUUCCCACCGGUGUGUCUUUGCUGGGCCAUGGUCAACUCUGGUUAUGAAUGCAAAAUACG